AUGGGGCCCAUCAGAAGGUCCAAAUCAAAAAAGAAGGCUGAGCAGCCUACCACCUCUCUCGUCACUCCGCCGCUUCCUCAGCCUCAACUUUCCGAUUGGUGGCAUGAUUUCUCCAAAAGGUUUCAUGGGAGUUUAUCCAAAUCAACGGAUUCACAAAGCUUCGAAUCCAUGUUCAAGAUGUCGAUGAAAACGUUUGACUACAUUUCCUCACUCGUUAAAGAAGACAUAAUUGCAAAAACUCCAAGCUUCAUGGACCUCAAUGGCAUCCCUUUGUGCCUAUAUGAUGUGGUUGCUACAGCAUUAAGACGUUUAGGAUCCGGUGACUCUUUAGCCAUAGUUGGAACUUCACUUAACCUAAACCAAACCACGGUUGCUCAGAUAACCAAACUGUUUGUUGACACCUUGGAAUUCCGGGGAAUCUGCCACAUUCGAUGGCCGGAAUCGGAAUCCGAGAUGGAGGCCGUGAAAUCCAAACUGGAAAAGAUCGCCGGACUCCCGAACUGUUGUGGUGCAAUCGACACCUCCCAUGUCAUGAUGUGUGUCUCGACUGCUGACCGGUCAACCCAAUUAUGGUGUGACCGUGAGAAAAACCAAACGGUUACAUUCCAGGUAAUCGCGGAUGCCGACUUGCGAUUCCGGGAUCUUGUCGGUGGGUGGCCGGGGUGUAUGACCGAUGAGCGUAUCCAUAAAAAGUCAACUUUUUUUAAGUUUUGUAAAAGUGGGGAGAGAUUGAAUGGGAAACGGAGGGUGGUUUCGGAAGGAAACGAGAUCGAGGAGUAUAUAGUCGGGAAUUCAGGAUUCCGGUUGCUGCCAUGGCUGAUGACUCCAUAUCGAGGGAACAAGCUUUGUGAUUCCGAAGUUAGAUUUAAUCAAAUGGUGAUGAAGACACAAAUGGUGGCACAGAAGGCUUUAGGGAAGCUGAAACAGAAUUGGAAAAUUAUUCAAGGAGUGAUGUGGAGGCCUGAUAAAGAUAGACUACCGGUGAUUAUUCUUGCUUGUUGCAUUCUGCAUAAUAUACUUAUUGAUAUGGAAGAUGAAGUUCAAGAGAAGCUUGUGUUUUCACAUCGCCAUGAUUUGGAUUAUCGUCCAGCUGUUUGUCAUUCAGAUGAUGAUAAGAAAGGUGUCGCUUUGAGGGAGAAGAUUACUCUUCAUUUGUCUGGAGGAUCGAAGCCAUAA